GCGACAGUUGCACACACACAAUCGUCUAUGAACGCAGCAUCCGUAACAAGCAUGGGCUUCAAGCACGCUUUGCUGCAGCGCAGCUAUGAGCUGGGAGCCGCAUCUCCCAGUCCGCAAUUGGCGCCGCCAGCCGCUCAAGUCACAGACUUUAGCAUUAGUCGCAUACUCGGCAAGGAUAACAAACAGCCCACGCCCAGCAGCAACAACAUUUUGGAUCUCUCCAAGAGCAGUCAACAGCAAGCAACGCCCAGCAAUGCGGCACUCAGCUCUGCGGCUUAUAUUGCCGGCGGCUAUGGCAUGUUGCCGCCGGAUUUCUUGGCCAUGGCCAGCGCCACCAAAUUCUAUGCACAGUUCUUUCCGCAUUUGCUGCCCGCCUAUGCGGCUGCAGCUGCCGCCGGGCUGAGCACACCACCCACCUCGCCGUAUCAGCCACCGCCGCCGCCGCCACCGACAGCUCAACAGAAGCGUUACUUUGCGCCCUAUGUUUUCAAUGGACAGAGUCCCACACGCCCAAAGCCAAAUGCUGCCGCUGCCUGCACGCGUCCAGAUUGCCUUGAGUGCUUGGACUACUAUAAACAGUUUGGCGCUGCCUACAAGCCCACGCCCUUAAUAUCGCCGGCAGCCUCAUCGGUGAGCAGCUCCAGCAGUUCAAGAGCUUGUCGUGAUCUACUACUCAGCAGCAGCAGCAACACAAGCUCCGCCACCACCAACAUCUCGCUAACCACAGUUACCAAUCUAAGUCUGAGCUCGGCAAGCACAACAACGGCAGUGGCUGCAGCUGCUCGAAUCCCAACAUUCGGCGCCGUCGCUGCAAGCCGCAACCCCAGCAGCAUUUGCAACCUAACUAACAUUGAGGAAAUUAGCUACAAAUGCCGCAUUUGCGACAAAGUCUUUGGCUGCUCCGAUACAUUGCAGGCGCAUGAGAAGACACACAAAUCGCCGCGUUAUGAGUGCGCCGACUGCGGCAAAGGCUUCUCUCAGCUGCGCAACUACAAAUAUCACUUGUCCGUGCAUCGCGGCACCAAGGAAUUCGCGGCCGAGUGCCCGGAGUGCGGCAAGACCUUUAACGACAAGGGCUAUCUGAGCAGUCACAUGAAGAUACACCGCAAUCGCAAGGAAUACGAAUGUCCUUACUGUCCCAAGUCGUUCAACCAGCGCGUUGCCUUCAAUAUGCAUGUGCGCAUUCAUACGGGCGUCAAGCCGCACAAGUGUGUCGAGUGUGGCAAGCGGUUUUCCCGCAAGAUGCUGCUCAAGCAGCACAUGCGCACACACAGCGGCGAGAAGCCGUAUCAGUGCUCUGUGUGCGGCAAGUCCUUUGCCGAUCGCAGCAAUAUGACUCUGCAUCAUCGUCUGCACUCCGGCAUCAAGCCAUUUAGCUGCCCCCUCUGCCCCAAGGCAUUCACCAAGAAGCAUCAUCUGAAGACGCAUCUGAAUUAUCACACAGGCUGCAAGCCGUACGUCUGUCCGCAUCCCAAUUGCAAUCAGGCCUUUACGCAGUCCAGCAAUAUGCGCACGCAUGCCAAGAAGUGUCAAUAUCGUCCUUUGGAUGGAGCUCCAGCAUUUACAGUGCCUGUCAAACAGCAGCAGCAGCAGCCACAUCAGCAGCAGCCACAUCAACAGCCGGUAGCAGCAUUAACAAUGCCCCCAACUUUUACCAUGCCACCACCAACAUUUGCAGCAACGUCUUCAUAUCCGCCGGCGCAACAAUCACUACUCAGCAAUUUAAGAACAUUCUGAAG